AUGGCUCCUGCACUCCUUUUCACACCUACGGUUCGAGUACCGGCUUCGCCUCUUACUCCUAAAAGCUUUAAGCCGUUCGGGACAGCAAUCGAAGCACCGUUGCCCGAAACAUUGAACGCUCCACCGAGUUCUAUCGCCGGCUUCAAGGCUCCUGACUGCACCGCUGAAUCCGCAAAUCAAGGAUCUGCUGUGAAAUGGAGCCCGAUAUCACCUAUAACUGAUUCGUAUGGAACAAGCUCAAAGCAAGGGGAAGCUCGCAUGAGCAUGUUCUCAUGCUUCCCCCGGGAGUUGCGCGCUCCUCUAUCUCUAUUCCCUUCCUCUUCAUCCAAGGGAUUUUCAGGACUAUGGAACCAGAAUCUAUCAGGAUUAUUUGACGUAAAGUUUCUCGAAAGGCAUCCAUACACUUCACAGUCAUUCAUACCCUUAUCACGGAGUCUAAAUCGUGAUCAUGCCGGGAGGCGAGAUAGCAUGACCGAAGACGUCUUCUAUUUGGUCAUUGUUGCUCCGUCUCUAGUAGGCCAGGUGGAUUCAGCAACAUCAAUACGCGAUCCUCCAGAUCUUAACAAUAUACAAGCAUUUAUUGCCAAGCCUGGUCAGGCUGUGACUUAUGCAGCUGGAUCAUGGCACGCUCCUAUGGUGGUUAUCGGGAGACAGAGGAUAGACUUUGUUGUCGUUCAAUAUGUAAAUGGAAUUGAUCGUGACGAUUGUGAGCUCAUUGGUUUGGAAGAUGGCAUUGUUGUGGAGGCUGAUGCUCGCUCUUCAAGGGUGGUCGCGAAGCUGUAG